AAUAUAACUGAUUAUUGUAUGAAAAAAUAAAAUUAUGAAAAAGCAGCUGUACACAUAGCUAUGUCAUUAAUACAAAAGCCAAAUUAUCAUAAAGUCUUCUCACCUAAUUACUUCAUACUAUCUGAUUUUUAAUAGAUGAAUGUAUUAUUAGAAGAAGCUAUCUUUACAAACAACUCGGCAUUAAACUAAUUGUAGAUUAAAACCUUAGAAAAAGCUUCGUUCUCUCUCUUCCUUGGAAGAGGCGACAAAGGUAGUUUGUAGUUUAAACACUCCGCAACAGUUCCUUAAAGACAAGAAGAUAACUUCUUUCCUUCAUAAAAGAUAUGCUUUUCCACUCUGAGCUCCCUUUUCUCCACCUUCCCAAUAAAUCCAUCGCCCUUAUUGCUCUCCGCAGUCCCCAACUCCAUUAACAACAGCUAGCCAAUGCCUCCCCCUUCUCCUCCCGUCCCUCCGAAUCUCCGCCGCCGCGCAGUCUUCCGCCUCUUUUGGUGCCACCAAUGCCGCCGCCCUGUUUCCAUCAUUCCCUCUCUCUCCGCCACCUCCGACCUCUUCUGCCCCCGCUGUUUCGGCCCGUUUGUUCAUGACCUCGACCUCGACAUCCCUCCUCCGCGGCCUCCGCCACCUCCGCCACCUCCACGGCCGCCACCGGCGAACUUCCUAUUCGACUUUUCCUCUCCCCACCCCCAUCUCCACCUCCACCACCUCUUCCCGACGUGGACUCCAUUCCACCCCCAGCUCAUCCAUGGCCAACUCGCUUUACCACCGCCGCCGCCGCCGCCUCCAUGGAUUUCGCCCAGCUACUCUGUUCGUCCGGCUCUGGACCCUGGAGACUACUUCACCGGGCCCAAUCUCAGUGAGCUGAUCGAGGAACUUACAGAGAACGACCGAACUGGGCCACCGCCGGCAACAAGUUCCUCCAUUGACGCCUUGCCGACUGUGGCGAUCGCAGCGGCUCAUCUCCGCGGCGGCUCGGAGUGCCCUGUAUGCAAGGAGGAAUUUUCCGUGGGGGAAGAGGCGAGGGAGAUGCCAUGCCGCCACGUGUACCACUCGAGCUGCCUCGUGCCGUGGCUUCGGAUGCAUAACUCUUGCCCUGUUUGCAGGUUUCAGCUUCGCGGCGAAGAGCCUGCCACCGGAGAACGGAGCAGGGAACAACCCGUCGGCGGAGGAGGGAAUAGGCGUCAGCGGCGGCGGCAAGUGCCGGAGAGAUGGAACCCUUUCACUGUUUUGCCCGCCUUUAGGGGCCCAUCGCGGCCGGGAUUGGACAGCCGGAACGACGGCGAGCGGCGGGAACAGGGUGGUGAUCCCAUGGAUAGCGCUGCUGUUAUGGAUUUGGCACAGAAAAGAAAAAGAAAAAUGCAAAAAUUUAUGGAAAAAGCCAAGUGCUCGGAUUGAAAUGGUUGUUCUGCACUGAUGUAAUAAGUCAGAAGUGAAUGGCUUGCAGCUUCUGAGUUCUGACUGCUUUCAAAUAAGCGUAAAAUAAGUUCAUUUUAUUGUUUGUAAUGAGAGGAGAAUAAUAUUGGAAAUUGUAAAGUUUGCAAAUAUUGUUCAAGAAGCUCAAGAUUUUAGAUGAAUGUAUUGUUGCUUUGUUUU